GAAGGCUGGUCGGUGUGCGGGCCUUCAAGAAAGAAAACGGGUUGUGUGUGUAAUGCCUGGCUAAAUCCAAACACCGAGAAGGGAUCCUGCCUGGCCCCCAGAGAGAGAGCUGGUCUGCUCGGUACAGUUUAGUGCCAUGAUUCUGUGGUGCCUGAGUUUUGGAGCUGGCCUAUUCAUUUUUGGGAUCACAACUGCAAGCCCUGCAGAUGAAAGUGCCCGGGGAAGCCGCACAGACCAGAGUGAUUCAGCACUAGAUGAAAAGCACCAGGAUUCCUAUGGCACAUUUGCAUCUGAGUUUUAUGACUUGCGAUACCUCUCAGAAGAAGGUUACCCUUUCCCUACAGCUCCUCCAGUAGACCCAUUUGCAAGAAUACGCAUAGAUGAUUGUGGCAAAACAAAGGGAUGCUUUAGAUAUGGCAAACCUGGAUGUAAUGCAGAAACAUGUGAUUAUUUUCUGAGUUAUCGAAGAAUAGGUGCAGAUGUGGAAUUUGAGCUGAGUGCUGACACAGAUGGCUGGGUAGCUGUUGGCUUCUCCUCCGAUAAGAAAAUGGGAGGGGAUGAUGUCAUGGCCUGUGUGCAUGAUGACAAUGGAAGGGUUCGGAUUCAGCACUUCUAUAAUGUUGGCCAAUGGGCUAAAGAGAUUCAGAGGAAUCCAGCCAGGGAUGAGGAAGGGAUUUUUGAAAACAACCGUGUAACUUGCAGAUUUAAACGUCCUGUGUAUGUACCCAGAGAGGACACUAUUGUGGAUUUGCACUUGAGCUGGUACUUUUUAUUUGCAUGGGGUCCAGCUAUUCAAGGCUCUAUUACACGUCAUGAUAUUGACUCGCCUCCGGUCUCAGAGAAUGUAGUUAGUAUUUACCGAUAUGAAGACAUCUUCAUGCCAUCUGCAGCCUACCAGACCUUCUCCUCCCCUUUCUGUCUUCUACUCAUUGUUGCUCUUACAUUCUACUUGUUGAUGGGAACACCAUAAUGCAUUGGAUCUGACAUAAUGUGUAGACAUUUUCAUGCCAAUCUAUACUGGAUUACCUAUUUACAGUUUUUUUCCAGAAGUGAGUUUACUUAUGUUAUCAGUAUUGAUAUAAGAAUAUUCUUUUAGUCAUAGAUGAUAUGUUAAACAAACAACAACAGAUACUCAUGCAGUGGGCCAAAAUCCAGAAAUUUGUAGAAGAAAAAACUUGCACGCUAUUGGUCUUGCUUAUUCUUCCAUGCAGUAUUUAAGCUGACUGGUAGUUUAUAUAAGUGGGUCCUAAAACAGAACUUUCAGAUAAUCAUUUAUUUUCAUUUGAAGCCAAUUUUUGGGGAUUCUUAUCAUCCAAAGUAAGUUUAUUUUAGGUCCCAUCUUGUAUAUUUGGAUGAAACUUCAAAGCCAGCAGUGUAAAUAAGUUAUCAUAAAAGUAUUAUUCAGUACGUUACAAAAAUAUACACACAGUUUCUAUUUUUAUAGGGAAAUAUAAUACUAAAUACAGAUUUAUUGUAGAGACUUUGGAGCGCCAGCAAACUAUACCAACUUUCAAAUAUAAAACAGAUUGGAAAUAUACUAAACUUGCAACAAUCACAAAUAUAUAUAAAUCGCAUUAGCAAAUACAUGUAAAACAAAAACAAAUGGUAUUAUGAAUGUAUUGAAAUGUACAUUCAUUCAUGAAUUCUGUCUCUUCUCGGAUCAAUGAUUUCCUAUGGGGGAUUUUAAGACACUGUACGUCCUCAUGCAAAGCAUGAGGACGCCCAGAGUUGUUCCACUGAGUUAACAGGAAACAGCAGGAAGCGCCUCUAGUGGCUGUCUGAUAGACAACCACUAAAGGCAGGCUUAACCCUUCAAUGUAAAGGUUGUAGUUUCUCUAAAACUGCAAUGUUUUACAUUGCAGGGUUAAGGGGACAGGGAUAAUUAAAGGAGCUCUUCCCGGACCACUUUAAGGAGCUCUUUCCAGUUAUGACCUACGCAUAAUUGCAUCUACAUGUUAGGUAAGUUAGAUGACUUUGAAAAAUCAAGAUUACCUGUUACUGGAAAAAUAUAAUGUUUACCAAAUAUCCAAUUCCACCUUUGGUUGCAGGUGUAACUGAAAGGAAUAUACACUCAUGUCUCAAAAUCUAUUUGUAAUCUACAAACAUUUUUAAUAUGAUGAGAGCAAAGGAUUACUGGAUAUAUUACAAAGUAUACUGAGAAAGAAGCAUGAAACUUUGAUGUUGCUAUACCCUUAGCAUAUCCUGGAAUCAUAUAUGGGAUGAAUAGUUUAUUUUCACAAUAUGUGGUAAUGUAAAAUUCUGCUAGGCAUUCAUGACGAACAAUAUGUAAAUAAAAUCACCAAACAGAUUACAAUAUAAUUCUAUUAUGUUUUUUAUGAUAGAGCCAUUUUAAGGAAGCUAUUAUAAAGGUGAAUGGGAAACAGAUGUUUGUCUGUAUAAAGUCACUUUAUAUAUGAUCCAAUUUGUAUGUGACAUGAACAUAAAACGUCCUCUCACACAGACCACAAAGCCCCAGGACGUACUUGAAAACAAGAGUAAUCUGAAUGUACCUUUCCUGGUUAAAUACUUUGUUAUUAUUAUUAUUUUAAUGUGCUAUGCCUUUGUGCACAUAUAUUAAUAGAUAAUGAGGAUAAUUAGUGGGCCCAACUAUGUAGUUUAGGGUGACCAAGUCUAUAUUUAAUUUGACAUUUGUACUAUCAUUUAUGCUUCAAUAUUAAAACCAUUUAUGCCCUGUUAGAUCACACUAGCAUGUCUUUUAGCAUGUAUUUUCAAAUAUAUGAGUUUGCAUUUUGCAUCCAGCUAUUAGAUGCAACACAACUUUAAGAAAGGUAUUGUUCCUAAUGUAACUUCUUACUUAACCAUAAUGUUUCGAGCAGGGGAGGCCAAAAGGUAGAUCCCCCAGAUGUUGUAGAACUACAACUCCCGCGAUGCUUUGCAUGUCUUCAAAACACAUUUAGUCUGACAAAGCAUGGAAGCUGUCAUUUUAAAACAUCUGGAGACCGCUAGCUUUAGAGCUUCCUGCAAUCGUGUAUUUGCCAUUAGCUAUGACUGCAUUUUAACAUUGGUGCCAACUUCACAAAAAUAAAAUGCUAGGCAUACCUGAUCAACGUUCUGUUUGCUGAGUAAGUAUUCUGAGAUCUGUUUAUCAGAUUUAAGC